GUUAAAAUCGUCAAGAUGAAAACCUUCGCCCUACUCGUUGGUCUGCUCGCUGUUGCCAGUGCCGAAUGGAUCGAUAUCGAUUGGUCCAAGGUGCGCCCGAUCGAGGAUUUCGAUCACUACUGGGCCCGUCUGCCGGCUGAGCUGCAGGUCUACCGUCACAUGCGGCCAUCGGCUCGCAUCGUUAACGGCAAUGAGGCUACUCCCGGACAGUUCCCGUACCAGAUUGCGCUGCUCAGUGAGUUCGGCGCCGGAACCGGUCUGUGUGGAGGAUCCGUCUUGACCAACAACUACAUCCUGACCGCUGCUCACUGCGUUGUGUCUGGUGCUACGACCCUGGCCACCGGAGGUACUGCCAUUAUGGGAGCUCACAAUCGCAAUGUCCAGGAGCCAACGCAGCAACGAAUCCGUUUCUCGACUAGUGGAAUCAUCCGCCAUCCGCAGUACACCCCGACCAAUAUCCGCAAUGACGUCGCUGUGGUGCGCCUUGACUCGCCAAUCACCUUCAACGCUCGCGUCCAGCCUGUUCGUCUUCCUGGCCGCUCGGACACUCGUCAGUUCGGAGGAGUCAUGGGAACCGUCUCUGGAUUCGGUCGUACCUCGGAUGCCACCCAGGCCACCUCGGCUGUCGUUAGGUACACCACGAACCCGGUCAUGACCAAUGCCGACUGUAUUGCUCGUUGGAACACCGCCCUCAUCCAGCCCCAGAACGUGUGUAUGAGCGGAGACAACGGUCGCUCGGCGUGCAACGGUGACUCCGGUGGCCCGCUGGCUGUUCAGGAUGGUGGAAGCCUCCAGAUCGGUAUUGUGUCAUUCGGAUCAGCCGCCGGCUGCUCCAUUGGUAUGCCUUCGGUCUACGCUCGCGUGUCCUUCUUCCUGGGAUGGAUCGAGGCCAACUCCAACUUCGUUGCCAGCCCCUAA